AUGCUCGAUGUGCCUGGCAUCCGCUCAGCCUCGUCGCAUGCACUGCCUCUACAGGCAGCCUUCACACCCACCCAGCAUUUCCGUGGCAAGACGAUCCCGCCCUACGCCAUUCUGUCGCACAGAUGGAGCGACUCCGAGGUCCUCAUCGAAGACAUAACGAACAGGACCUACAAGGAGAAGGACGAAGGCUAUCGAAAGCUUGAGUUCUGUGCCAAUCAAGCGGCGCAGGACGAGCUGCAGUACUUCUGGAUCGACACAUGCUGCAUUGACAGGUGGAAUAACAACGAGCGCUCGAAGGCGAUUAACUCGAUGUUCCAGUGGUACAAGGGUGCAGCACGAUGCUACGUCUUCUUGUCGGACGUGUUAGUGUCGACUAAGACAGCGCUGGCUCAACGGAACGACUGGGAGGCGUCGUUCCGUGCAAGCGCAUGGUUCACUCGGGGAUGGACGCUCCAAGAGCUGAUUGCGCCAGUGUCAGUCGAGUUCUUCUCGCGUGAAGGACAUCCCAUAGGCGACAAAGCGUCACUCGACCAGCUUAUCCACGAGAUCACCAACAUCCCGCUCGCGGCAUUGCGCAACCGACCUUUACACGAGUUCAGUACAUCCGAGCGAAAGAGAUGGGCCGAAAGUCGCAUAACAACAGAAGAAGAAGACAUUGUAUACUGCCUGCUUGGGAUUCUCGGCGUCUCUAUGCCCACCACGUAUGGCGAAGGAGAGGAGAGUGCACGAAGCAGACUGCAGGCUGAAGUAGAGGCAGCUAGUAACGCACCGUCGAUCAUUCCCUUCUCACGAAACCCCCGCUUCGUAGGCCGAGAGUCGCAGCUCGCCGAGCUAGAAGCAAAGCUCUUCAGCAACGAACAAAUCACUACCACGCUAGCGAUCGUUGGACCUGGCGGAACAGGCAAGACGCAGCUCGCGCUCGAGGUUGCACACAGAACAAGGCAGAAGAACAACAGCUGCUCGGUCUUCUGGAUGGACGCAAGCGACAAAGACAGCCUCUACCAGUCGUAUGCAAGUGUUGCGCAGAAGCUUAGCGUUCUAGGCUGGGACGACGACCAGGCCGACAUGAAGCAGCUUGCGAAGCGCUGUGUAGUAGAGAUUAGUGCGCGACGAUGCUUGCUGAUCUUCGACAACGCAGAGCACACCACUCUGCGAUCUGGCGGCUCGUCCACGACAGAAGCCGCAGUCUUAGCCGACUGUCUGCCGCAGUCUAAGCUAUGUUCUGCCAUCUUCACAACAACGAACACCAACACAGCUCAGGCGCUUGCUCCACAGAACAUCAUAGCGCUGCGAGAGCUGACACUAGACACGGCGCUGAGGAUGCUGCAAGUCCGCUUAGCGAGGCCACUCGCGAACACUGAGCAGCAGGAAGCCGAGCACUUGCUAAAAGAGCUAUCGUAUCUCCCGCUAGCAGUCAUGCAAGCAGCGGCCUGUAUGAAGGCUAAUAGUAUGACGGUACAGGAGUAUCGAGCACGGCUAGAUGAGCACAAAGAGCUAGUUAUCGACCACGGCGGUGACUCGUCUGGGGGUAGACUGCAAGAUUCUGGCGUAAAAGACCCUGUGGCUGCUGCAUUGUUUCUCUCUAUAAAGGAGAUCAGUCGUGACAAUGCGCUCGCCACAGACUACCUGUUUCUUGCUGCAUGCUUAGACCGGAAAGACAUCUCGCUUAAUCUUCUAGAGGCAGCUUCGGCGCAAGCAAGGGAAGAUGCUAUUAGGGUACUUGACAAGUAUGCACUCGCCACUAGGCGGCCUGCUGAGUCUGCCCUCGAUGUUCAUCGACUAGUCCAUCAAGCUCUACGCAAGCGGCUGCAAGUGCAGGGACGGCUCCAAAAAUGGACUCAACACGCGAUCACACAGCUACUCCAAGUGUUUCCAGACAGCGAACAUAGCAACAGAAGCAAGUGGAGACGACUGCUUCCACAUGCCCAGUAUGCUCUGUCACAUAGUCCGGCGGAUGAUGAUGACGAAGAAAGAAUGCGUCUUGCAUCAAAAUGUGCUACGACUCUGUUUAGAGAUGGACGUUAUGAUGAGGCGGAAGAGCUGUUUGUGCAAGUGAUGCAGACGAUGAAGAGAUUGCUCACCACCGAGCAUCCUGCGACGCUGACUAGCAUGGCCAACCUAGCGGAGACGUACAGAAACCAAGGACGGUGGAAGGAGGCUGAAGAGCUGCAGGUGCAAGUGAUGCAGACGAUGAAGAGAGUGCUCGCCACCGAGCAUCCUUCCACGCUGAGCACCAUGACUAACCUAGCGGAGACGUACAGGAACCAAGGGCGGUGGAAGGAGGCUGAAGAGCUGCAGGUGCAAGUGAUGCAGAUAAGCAAGAGAGUGCUUACCGGCAAGCAUCCUCGCACGCUGACCAGCAUGAAUAAUCUAGCGGCGACAUACAGCAACCAAGGGCGGUGGAAGGAGGCCGAAGAGCUGCAGGUGCAAGUGAUGCAGACGAGCAAGAGAGUGCUUACCGACGAGCAUCCUGACAUGCUGAGCAACAUGAACAACCUAUCGGAGACAUACAGGAACCAAGGGCGGUGGAAGGAGGCCGAAGAGCUGCAGUUGCAAGUGAUGCAGACGAUGGAGAGAGUGCUUACCGACGAGCAUCCUUCCACGCUGACUAGCAUGGCUAACCUGGCGGUGACGUACGGGAGCCAAGGGCGGUGGAAGGAGGCCGAAGAGUUGCAGGUGCAAGUGAUGCAGACGAGCAAGAGAGUGCUUACCUACGAGCAUCCUGACACACUGGCCAGCAUGGGUAAUCUAGCGGCGACGUAUAUGAGCCAAGGGCGAUGGAAGAGGGCCGAAGAGCUGCAGGUGCAAGUGAUGCAGAUGAUGGAGAGAGUGCUUACUGAAGAGCAUCCUGCCACGCUGACUAGCAUGGCCAACCUAGCGGAGACGUACAGAAACCAAGGACGGUGGAAGGAGGCUGAAGAGCUGCAGGUGCAAGUGAUGCAGACGAGCAAGAGAGUGCUUACCUACGAGCAUCCUGACACGCUGCUUAGUAUGCACAAUCUCGCGUUCACGCUGCAAUCACAAGCUCGUUAUGAGGAGGCUCUUGCACUAAUGAAAAGAUGCUUUCAGCUACAUGAGCAGGCUCUUAGGGAAUAA